AUGCAAAUUGUCUGCUUGGGACUGCUUCUAUCCCAUCUGACCUGGGCAGCACCAACGGUUCAACCACAGGCUGAGAAAACUAGGCAAGACUGUGUGGAAGAACAGAGGGUCACCUACAAGGGUCACCAUGAGAAACAUGGGUAUUAUAUUUUCAAGUAUGUUUACACAUCACCUGGGAGGAAAAAUCAAACGGACAUAAAGCAAGAAGAAAGAAACAAAGACAACAUCGCUCUCCACCUUUCCGGCAAGAGAAGAAAUAAAGAGCCAGCACCUAGAGACAGCACUGCCCAAGAGAGAGAGAGAGACGUGUCCCUCUUUGGAGCUGAUAACAACAACCGAAUUAGUAAAUCCCCAAAUCUUUUUGAAAAUAGACAGACAACAAAUGAAGACUAUAGUAUUAGUCACAAAGAUAACGCCCACAAUGACCUACAGAUGCCCAUUUACCCCGCAUCCACUGGGAAUAACGGGUCUGAGGAUGGAGAGGAUGCUCUCAGCGGACUUCAUGACCAAGAAGAAUACAGAGCAGCUCUCACCAGAAAUAAUACACAACUUAUAAUGGCACCAGGAGCUGUGAUUGAGCCAUUAGGGGACGAAAACAAAGAUAUCAAACCCAGGAAUGUUCCAAGCAAAAUUCCAGCAAGUGCAAACCAUGCUAAAGCCCCCUCAAAAGGUAAGAAGAAUCAUCAAAGAGAUCCGCAAGCCCCCAAUAUUCCAGCCAAAGGCAAAAGCACGCACCACAUCCAAUACAACACAGACUAUCUAAAACAGAUCCCCACACUCAAAAAAAUCCCCAGCGAUUUCGAAGGCAGCGGUUAUCCAGAUCUUCAAGAGAGGGGGGACGGUAUCUCUCCUUUCAGUGGAGAUGGCCAGCCUUUUAAGGACGUUUCAGGUAAAGGAGAAGCUAUGGGUCCUGACCUGGAGGGUGCAGAUAUUCAAACAGAGCUUUCCGGCCCGGGGGAAGCAGAGACCACUGACCCCGAAGCAGGAGGCCCGGGUUAUAACGAAAUCCCAGAGAGAGCAGAAGAUGGCAGAAGUGCCAUUGGAACCCGGGGUGAAACAGCACGAGAGGCAAACACCGCCGAUGUCAGCCUCGUGGGGGGCAGCAACGACAUCACAGGGAGCACCAAUUUCAGGGAACUCCCUGGAAAAGAAGGAAACAGAGUGGAUGCAGGCGGCCAAAAUGCUCACCAAGGGAAAGUGGAGUUUCAUUACCCUCAUGUACCCCCAAAAGAGAAAAGAAGAGAAGGCAGUCGCGACGUUGCUGAAAGUACGAAUUAUAAUGAAAUCCCGAGAAAUGGCAAAGGGGGGAGUAGGAAAGGUACGGAACAUUCUAACAGGAACCAAGUGACCGCGAGUGAAAAGCAAAGGUUUCCUAAUAAGAGCAAAAGCCCAGGCCAGCUCAUUCCCCAUCAGGGCCUUGACAAUGACAUUAAAAGUGAAAGAGGUCCCCACAGUGACCCCAAUAAUGAAGGGACUGUACCCACACACAGUGGGAGAAAUCAGUACGGACCCCACAGGCAGAACAGCUCCACCUGGGGUCAGGGUCUGCCGCGGAGAAGGGGCUCCUGGGCUCACAGAAAAUCCCACCCCAGCAGGAGGGUGAGGCCCCCCAGAAAGCACGGCAGCAGUGACUCCUCUGACAGCACCAGCUCCAGCGAGAGCGAUGGGGACUAG